AUGAGCGUGAAGGAGAGACGGGUGUAUAGAACAACAACACAUGUACCACAGGAAUUAGGACAGAUCAUGGAUUCAGAAACGUUUGAAAAAUCUCGUCUGUAUCAGCUGGACAAAAGCACUUUCAGCUUUUGGUCAGGCCUGUAUUCAGAGGUUGAGGGCACUAUGAUUCUGCUCUAUGGAGGAAUUCCUUUUCUCUGGAAUCUGUCUGGUCAGAUCUCUGGUCGUGCUGGGUUUGGACCAGAAUAUGAGAUUGUCCAGUCAUUGAUAUUUCUGCUGCUUGCAACACUCUUCAGUGCAGUGACUGGUCUGCCAUGGAGUUUAUAUAACACAUUUGUCAUAGAAGAGAAACAUGGCUUCAAUCAACAGACACUGGGAUUUUUUUUUAAGGAUGCUAUCAAGAAGUUUAUCGUGACUCAGUGUAUUCUGUUGCCAGUGACAUCCCUUCUGCUUUACAUUAUUAAAAUAGGGGGAGACUACUUCUUCAUCUAUGCCUGGCUCUUCACGUUAGUUGUUUCCUUGGUGCUUGUUACAAUCUAUGCAGACUAUAUUGCACCUUUGUUUGAUAAAUUCAUUCCGCUUCCUGAAGGAGAGCUCAAGCAACAAAUUGAAACAAUGGCAAAGAGCAUUGACUUCCCAUUGACUAAGGUUUAUGUUGUUGAAGGUUCUAAACGUUCUUCUCAUAGCAAUGCUUAUUUUUAUGGAUUCUUCAAGAAUAAGCGGAUAGUACUCUUUGACACCCUCCUGGAAGAUUAUUCUGCAUUGAACAAAGAGCCAGCAGAAGGAGAAGAUGGUGAGAAUGAAGAGACAAAGUCUAAAACAAAAAAUAAGAAACAAGGAUGUAAAAACGAAGAAGUUCUGGCUGUACUGGGUCAUGAAUUGGGUCACUGGAAACUAGGUCACACUGUCAAAAAUAUUAUCAUCAGCCAGAUGAAUUCCUUCCUCUGCUUCUUCUUGUUUGCUGUGUUAAUUGGUCGAAAAGAACUCUUUGCUGCAUUUGGUUUCUAUGACACCCAGCCUACCCUGAUAGGCUUGAUGAUUAUUUUCCAGUUCAUUUUUUCACCUUACAAUGAGGUUCUCUCAUUUUGUUUGACUGUAUUAAGUCGACGAUUUGAGUUUCAAGCAGAUGCAUUUGCCAAGGACCUUGGGAAGGCUAAAGACCUAUAUUCUGCUUUGAUCAAGCUAAACAAAGAUAAUUUAGGAUUCCCUGUUUCUGACUGGAUCUUUUCAAUGUGGCAUUACUCCCAUCCACCCCUCUUAGAAAGACUUCAGGCGUUGAAAGAUGCAAAGCAAGAGUGACAGGAGUCAUUGUUGGUUCAGAGACAGUGCUUCCAUCUCAGAAGCAAAGUUCAGAGCUGCUUUUUAAUUUCUUUUUAAAAAUGGAUAAUGCCAAUUAAGUGCAAUGUUAACAGCACCACAGAUCUGAGAAUCCUGAAACAGGAAUUAAAUUAUAAAUGACUUUUUUAACAAAAACAAAACUGUGGAACUUAAUUUAGGAAAAGUACUGGGUGAGGACACCCCCCCCACACACACACUGGCUUUUAUCUCCGUAUCAUAGUAUAGACUUGUGAAGGGAGGAAAACGAAAGUAUAGACUUCAAAGCACCUAUUUCUUCAGUUUGCAUAUGCCUUGAACGUUGCUUUAGAUCCUUUUCCCAUUCUCAGCAUUCUGUGAACUUUCCCAGUCUCAACCCUCUUCACAAUGAAGAGGGUUUGAGUGACUUGAUUUCUUGUAUAAUAAUAUUUGUACUCACCAGUCACUGUUCUGUGUUCUAAAAAGCUGAAUGCAAGUACAGGCCUCUCUCCUGGAUUCUUGUCUUGUCAUAACUGAAAAUGCUACUUAAUAAAACUCCUUUCUCUGAAGUGUGGGAACCAGGAUGAAUUA